AUGCACUCCUUUGGGCACCGCGCCAACGCGGUGGCAACGUUCGGGGUCACCAUACUGGCAGCGAUGUGCUUCGCCGCCUCCUUCUCCGACAACUUCAACACCCCGACGCCCACCGCCUCCGUCAAGAUCUUGAAUAUAAACUGGUUCCAGAAGGAGGCCAACGGCAACGACGAGGUUAGCAUGACGCUCAACAUCUCAGCAGACCUUUCAUCUCUUUUCACGUGGAACACAAAACAGGUGUUUGUUUUUGUGGCAGCAGAGUAUGAGACUCCACAUAAUGCUUUGAAUCAAGUUUCCCUUUGGGAUGGUAUUAUACCUGCAAAGGAGCAUGCCAAGUUUUUGAUCCAUACCACAAACAAGUACAGAUUUAUUGACCAGGGAAGCAAUCUAAAGGGCAAGGAAUUCAACUUGACAAUGCACUGGCACAUUAUGCCAAAGACUGGCAAGAUGUUUGCAGAUAAGAUAGUCAUGACAGGCUAUCGGCUCCCUGAGCAGUACAGAUAG